GGUCCAUAAAAGCGCUGAGGGUAGCGUCACCUCUCCGUGGUUUCCGGCCUGGAUGUAUUUGUAUGUUUCCCUGGACGAUCGUACGCCUCUUUGUCGCGACAGCGCUUGCAGCAGCCGGUGACAACUUGAGUCCUCGAGCCCGAAGCCGGAGGGCGAGAUGAAAGCGCUGACCUCCCGAGCCGUCCGAACCUGCGAUCUCUUGUGGCAACCUCAGCCGGCACUCCUGCCUCCAGGUUGACGCGCAGUCCAGAGCUGCCCAGACAGAUGGCUCCAAGCCAAAUGCCCCAUCAGCCUGCCCACUGGAGAGGUACCCACCCCUUCUUCCUCCUGUCCCCACUGAUGGGCCUUCUCAGCCGGGCGUGGAGCCUCCUGAGGGGCCCAGGACCUCCAGAGCCCUGGCUAGUGGAAGCAGUAACCAAAGCAGAUCAGGGAGGAGCUGGCCUGGAGGAUGAAGCAAAGGCUUCUGUGGCCACCUACCAUGCCCCCUGGGGCAGGCGCCCUCAAGAGGAGACCAAAGACAGUGGAGCGGCUGAGGAGGACGGAGAAGCCUCCCCGGGGGCCUACCCUGACCUGGAAGCCGAGCGCUCUCUUCCCGAAGUCUGGGGACUUUCAGAUGAUGAUGAUGAAAAGUAUGGUGGGGAAGAAGCAACUGGUGUCCCUGGAGAGCAGGAAGAAUUUAUGGAUGGCCAGCCUGCUCCCCUGUCCCUCAGCCUUCUGAUGAGAUCUCUGCCGGACCUUCCUGGGGAGGAGGAAUCUAAGGAAGAAGCGGUUACUGGAGGUAAAGAAGUGACCGCAUUCUCUUUUCCUCUGUCACACUGGGAGUGUUGCCCAGGGGAGGAGGAAGAAGAGGAGGAGGAGAAUGGAGAAGCCAUUAGGGUGUGCGGCCCGGUAAAUGGAGCCACAGAAGGAAGAACAGAGACUGAAGCAGCCACGAAGACCUCCAUGUCCCCCUCAUCUGUAGGCUCCCACCUCAGGGCCUGGGAAUGUUGUUUGGGAGAGGAGCCUGAGGAGGAGAAGGACAAACAGGCUGAGGAAGGAGAUGCUGACCCAGGGCCACACUCCACAAGUCUAGCCCAGAGGCCCUCGCUCAGGACCUGGCAGCAUCCAUCCAGUGUGAUCACAGAGGAGGAGGAGGACAGUGAUUCAGAGGAAACGGGGGCUUCCUCUUCUGUCCCAGCCACAAGUGCCUUCCUGAGCGCCUGGGUGUAUCGACCAGGAGAAGACACAGAGGAGGAGGAUGAAGAGGAGGAGGACUGUGACUCAGAAGCAUCUGAAGAUGAGGGAGAAGCCGAGGCCUCCUCUUCCAUCCCACCCACAAGUGCCUUCCUGAGCGCCUGGGUGUAUCGACCAGGAGAAGACACAGAGGAGGAGGAUGAAGAGGAGGAGGACUGUGACUCAGAAGCAUCUGAAGAUGAGGGAGAAGCCGAGGCCUCCUCUUCCAUCCCACCCACAAGUGCCUUCCUGAGCGCCUGGGUGUAUCGGCCAGAAGACACGGAGGAAGAGGAGGACUGUGAUUCAGAAGCAACUGAAGAUGAGGGAGAAGCCGAGGCCUCCUCUUCCAUCCCACCCACAAGUGCCUUCCUGAGCGCCUGGGUGUAUCAGCCAGGAGAAGACACGGAGGAAGAGGAGGACUGUGAUUCAGAAGCAACUGAAGAUGAGGGAGAAGCCGAGGCCUCCUCUUCAAUCCCACCCACAAGUGCCUUCCUGAGUGCCUGGGUGUAUCGGCCAGGAGAAGACACGGAGGAAGAGGACUGUGAUUCAGAAGCAAUUGAAGAUGAGGGAGAAGCUGAAGUCUCCUCUUCCAUCUCUCUGACAAGUACCUUCCUGAGUGCCUGGGUGUAUCAACCAGGAGAAGACACAGAGGAAGAAAAUGAGCAUGAGGAUGAAGAUGAUGAAUCAGGAGCAGCUGACUUGGGACCCAGCCCCUCCCUUCAGACCCAGAGUGCCCUCCUCAGGGACCAGAUUUAUCAGCCUGGAGAGAAAACAGACAGAGGGGAAGCUGCUGAGAAGUGGGGAGAAGCUGAGCCCUGCCCCUUCCGAGUGGCCAUCUAUCUACCUGGAGAGAAGCCCCCUCUUCCCUGGGCUCCUCCUCGGCUGCCCCUCCGACUACAAAGACGGCUCAAGUCUGCACAAACCCCCACCAGGCAUCCGGACCUUGAACCUCUCCCAAAGACCAGAAAGGUGCGCUUCUCUGAGAAGGUCUCCGUCCAUCCCCUGGUUGUCUGGGCAGGACCGGCCCAGGCCGCCCGCAGAGGCCCCUGGGAGCAAUUUGCCCGGGAUCGAAGCCGCUUCGCCCGACGUAUCGCCCAGGUCCAAGAGGAGCUGGGUCCCUACCUCACCCCUGCUGCCCGGGCCAGGGCCUGGGCACGUCUCGGGAACCCUCCCACUUCCCUGGCCACCGUCCCUGCCCCUACCUGGACCUCACCGAUGUCCCCCAUCCAGGCCACGCCCUUGAGCCACGCUCUGGCCCCUCCCUCCCCUCCAUGUGUGUCUCCUAGCCUAGACCUCAGUGGGAGGCGUGGCUAAUGUGCAGUAGUUUUUGUGUUAACUAUUUAUUUAUUUGAAUGUUAGUUUACAUAAUGAAUAAAGCUUUUUGUAGUAA